AGGGCUCCUUUUCCUUUACGGUAAACGCGCAGGUUGCACGAAGGUGUUGAUCUCCGCGGCCCGUCCAUUCCUGGCGGCGGUUCUUCGAGGGACUCUCAAGAUGUGACGCUCUCGCUAGCCUGGCCGGCGGUGCGGAUUGUGCGUCUUUGUUUGGGUUGCACACUAUUCCUUGGACCGAGCGACUCCUUCUGAAGGCGGACCAUGCUUUAAGAUUCUUCUGCCCAAGCCAGCAACUACCCGUGAGUCACCAUGGCAACCAAGCAACCUCCCCCUCUGAUGAAAAAGCACAGCCAGACAGACCUCGUGAGCCGUCUGAAGACACGGAAGAUCCUUGGGGUUGGGGGGGAGGAUGACGAUGGAGAAGUUCAUAGGUCAAAGAUCAGUCAAGUCUUGGGCAAUGAAAUCAAGUUUGCUGUGAGGGAACCCUUGGGGCUCAGGGUUUGGCAGUUUGUGUCAGCCAUCAUAUUUUCUGGGAUUGCCAUCAUGGCUCUCACCUUUCCUGAUCAGCUCUACGAUGCUGUCUUUGAGGAAGAGUCCGUCAAUAGCAAGAUGCCCAUCCGUCUGUAUGGAGGAGCCUUGCUUAGUAUCUCCCUGAUCAUGUGGAAUUCCCUAUACACAUCUGAGAAGAUCAUCAUCCGUUGGACCCUGCUGACAGAAGCUUGUUACUUUGGGAUACAGUUCUUGGUUACGACCAUCACCCUGGUCGAGAGUGGCCGGGCCUCCACCGGAGCCACACUCCUCCUCACCAGCCGGGCCCUCUUCAUACUUAUCAGCGUUUAUUACUAUUACCAAGUUGGACGCAGACCCAAGAAAAUCUAAGACUUCGGAGGGUGGGGGUAGAAGGGCUUGUUCUAACUCCUGCCUUCCUUUUGUUCCUUUUUGUGUUUUGUCUUGAAGAGCAGACUUCCCUGUGGCAUGCCUCAGUGUCUACAUCGAGCGCGGGUGUCACUGCCCCAUCAGGCAUAGAAGAGGGAGAGAGAUCAAAGCCUGGGUGCCUGUUUGGGGAGGGUGAGAAAACAGAGUGCAGAGAUGUCAAGGGCUCCUCAGAUUCAGGGGCUUAAGCGAAAACCUUUCCAGUAGCCCUUGUCCCCUGUGGCAAGGCCUUUCCCAACCUGCUUGCCUCUUGAGCUUUGUUGGAUUACAGCCCUCACCAUGUCCAGCCAGCAGGCCACUGGUCAUGCUGUCUGGAGAUGAUGGGAGUUGUAGUUGGCACAGCUGGAGGACACCAGGUUGCAGAAGGUUGCUCUAGGACAUGAUCAAAACCUAUAUGCACCCAUGGAAAUGGAGCAGUGUAUCAAACUGAACUCAAAAGGGCAAAAAUGGCCAAAUGAGCCCCAAUUGACAAUAUCCCUCCGUCCCACUGGCCAUCUGGGACUCUCUGCAGUCUACAUGCUCAAACCCAGGCUACCUGGGUUUAAGCAGUAUCUUGCCUUGUAUAGGGCACAGGCAAUGGUAACCGAAGGCCAUAUUUUGCUCAAUGUCUAGGAAGUUAGAACUGCACAUUCUUAAAUAAUCUCUUAGGUUAGAGGUGGACAGAAAGUCACUCUCCAUGUAUGUUUUGGACUUCAGCUCCCAGCAUUCCUGAUUAUUAGUCAUACUGGCAGAGGCUUCUGGGAAUUGAAGUCCAAAACAUCUGGAGAUUUACCUUUUGCCCCACACCUGUCUCAUGUGUGGAUUUCACUGCCCUUCAUGAAAACCCUUGAUCUUUCCAUUAGCAUUAACUAUACUAAUUCCGGAACUCAUUCUGUCUGAUUUUUGAAGGACGCUUCAUGAAAAUAUCUGAAUCAGCCCUCUCUGUUUCUGUCCCCAACCACUGCCCACAUGAGUGCUGAACCUAUUUCUUUAUUCUGCUGCUCUUUUUAGUACCAGGCAUUGCAGAAAUGCUUUCAGUUGUUUCAAGAUAGAAUAUAGCGGAAAGAGGACAUGAGAAGGAUUAAUAAAGAAACCAGGAGUUCACACAAUCACUUUUCCUUCUUUCACAAAAAAUGACAACAUAGGUAAUAAACUCUAGUUUUGGAGUUUUACUAAUUAACUAAUUAAACUGCAAUUGUUAUGCUUCCAUAUGGAAACACCUUUAUAAACAAGUAUCCAAGAAAAUGGCAGGAAAAUGGUGCCUUCUUCAGUUGUACUCCUUAUUCGGUGCAUAUGCUGGCACACCUGAUUUUAGUGGUUCUUCCAGCCUUCUGUGAAAUGGAAAGAUUCUUAUGUGUGGUGGGCUGCUGGAAGGGGUGAUUCCUACAUCCCUUCUUAUGUGUGGGGUCAGGCAUGGAAACAUGGCUGCACCCCACUGGACCUAUUGAACUGCUAAAUUUACUAGAUUGUGAACCAGGCUCUGAAUCUGUGCCCAGAAGGGUGUUUGCAUGUGGAUUGCCCCUCUGCAUGUGUAAGAGGCUGCCUGAACUCCUCAGCUGUGCUCAAGUGGGGGCAGAAACACCUCAGUGAAGGGACCUUGCCUCUGCAGUGUUUGGCAUAAGCAGCAACCCAAACAUGUGAGGCACUCCGGUGAUUGGCAUUUAUUUUUUAACCAUUCCAUCACUUAACCAACAGUGUUCGGGGUUCACAUGUGAGUAAAAGUUCCAUUCACCUCUAUCACCUUGAACCCAGAAUUAAAAGGACUAGUGUAGUUUAACGUAGACUAUAGGGCCACCUUCCUCAACCUAGUGCCCUCCAGAUGGUUUGGUCUACAACUCUCAUUAUGCCUGGCCAUGCUAGCUGGGGCUGACAGGAGUUGUAGUCUGAAUCAGUUGGAGAACACCAGGUCAGAGAAGGGUGCUAUAAGGAUUUCCCCAAAGUAGAAGGCUAAUGAUUUUGGUGUGCCAAUGAGUCUUUCUCAAACUUCUAUUGUGUUUAAGAGGAAAACAGGUCAGACUUUGAGAUCUCUUCUCUGGGCCUCCUUUACCCUGUUGGGAUUCUGUGCAGACAAUUUCACAUGAAAUUGGGCAGGAUGUGUGAUCCCCAUACAGACCUACAAAUGUAGAGCAUAGCAAGUCUGGAAUGGAAACCAGAAGAACUGUCUAUUUGAUGUGGAGUUUACCAAUGUGGACCUGCUAAGAUGGAGCAAGCAAUUAGGAAUGGAUGUGACCAAUCUGGAGCUCAUGGAAUUGGCUUUGCACUGGGAUGCAACAUCAACAUGGGAGCACAUUACAUCCAUCGAACUGUGAUUAUCUUUUAAAUACCUUAGGCAACCACCAUCACAACAUCUCCAGCAGCAAUCAACAUUUAUUUGGAAAGUCCCAGGAACACUUUAAGGACAGUUGGUUACAUGUGCUGACUUUUGCCUGCAAUGGUUCCUCCACCCACCCAAAGACUGCCUCCUUUAUACCUCCUUUUGGCAUCUAUCCAACAUGUGCAUGAACUUGGACUACUAUGUGCAUUGCAGCUAAUGGCCAUGCAAAGACCAUGCAUCAAGUGGAAAUCUUCAAUUUAUUUGAAUAUAAUGAUAAAUGUGGUGAUUCAAGUGUAGACUUUAGAAUCCAAGGGUAGUGCCUAGUAGUCUCAUGUGAGGUUAAAGUCCUCCACAGGAGCAAUUUUGUUAAUGCUACUUUCAACUGUCACUCACAGCCCUUGGUCUGUGGAACAGAUGGUCUGUACACUCUGUGAAAUAAGUAUGGUUUUCAGCAGUUA